AUGAAAGGUAAGAGGAUUCCUGUCAAUGUUCCUAAUGCUCCUAUGGACAAUGUGUCCUUUCAUUUUCCAGACUCUGCUCAGAGAUGGAAAUAUGUGGUUCAAAGGAGGCUUGCUAUUGAAAGGGAACUGCAUGAAGAUGCCUUGGAACUCAAGGAAAUCAUGGAAGUUAUCUCUGCUGCUGGUUUGAUGAAGACUGUCAAGGAUCUUGGCAGAUGUUUUGACAAGCUUGUUAGGGAGUUCAUUGUGAACAUCCCUGCUGAUUGUGAUGGUACUUCUAGUGCUGAGUACAGGAAGGUGUUUGUGAGGGGGAAGUGCAUCAACUUCUCUUCUGAAGUGAUCAAUGAGUUUUUGGGCAGAAGCCCUGUUGUUGUGGCUCAGGGGGAGCCUGAUUUGAAUAGGAUUACUACAACCCUUACUGGGAAGUUGGUCAGGAAGUGGCCUACGAAGGGAUUGCUUCCAUUUGGGAGUCUUACUGCCAAAUAUGUUGUUCUCUACAAGAUUGGUACUGCCAAUUGGAUGGCCACCAAUCACUUGUCUGGUAUGACUCCACCUCUGGCCACAAUGCUUUAUUUUGUUGGAACUGGAGAGAUCAUUGCACAUCAACAACCUACUCUUGUGAUGGCUGAUGAGUCUCAAGGUAAGAAGCCCCUGCCUCUCAAGUUUGACUACCGGUUGUUUGCUGGGACACAUGUUCCAGACAUUGUGCUCUCUGCAGCAAAGGGAACUGCCAGAGCCAGUGGCACUAAGGCAGUUGGUUCUAGCAAGGAAGACAUAUUGGCUGAGUUGAAGGCGGUCUCCAAGUCUCUUGGUGACACUAUUCAGGCUUGCAAGGUCAGAAAACUCAAUGUUGAUCGACUCAUCAAGGUUAUGUCAGAUGUUGCAACUGCUGCUGCUGAGAAAGAAACUCUGCUUUCUGCUAUUGUGGUUUGGUAG